AUGGGGCCUGCCUGGGCCCAGGCCCACUUGACAGGUGAUCUCUGGCUGCCUCUGUUCUGGCUCCUGUUGUCCCCGGUCUGCUGCUCCCAUGCCCUCCCGCGAUGGCGCUUCACUUCCUCUGAAGUUGUGAUCCCCAGGAAGGUGUCCCACAGGGGCAGUGGAGCUGAGAGACAAGGCCAGCUUUCCUAUAAGAUCCACCUCAGAGGCCAAAGACAUGUGGUUCACAUGAAAGUCAAAAAGAGCUUGCUGCCCAGACAUUUUCCUGUCAUCACCAACAACGACCAAGGCGCCAUGCAGGAGGACUACCCAUUUGUCCCUCGAGACUGUUACUACUACAGCUACCUGGAAGGGGUUCCUGGGUCCAUGGGCACACUGGACACCUGCUCCGGGGGCCUGCACGGCAUGCUGCAGGUAGAUGACUUCACUUACGAAAUAAAGCCGCUGGAGGCUUCUUCCAGAUUCGAGCAUGUGGUUUCUAUGCUUGUGUCAGAAGGAAGACCGUCAGAGUCUCGAAGGUGUAAGAUUGAAGAGCAAGAAACAGAUCAGGUGUAUGAAGAGGCAGUCCUUUCUGGAGCUCCUAGAGCCGCCCCUGUUUAUCUGUGGUGGCCACAUAAGAAAUACUUAAAAAUCCACUACACAGUUUCUAACUCUUUAUAUUUGAUGAGGCGUAAUCUGACGCAGGCAAUAGAGGGGGUGGUGAUGAUAAACAACGUACUACAUACGAUUUAUAAACAGGGUCUUAUAGAUGUCAACGUCCGUCUUUUGUGCAUAUGGAAUGAUCGGGAUGCCUAUGAUGUAAUAAAUUGGCCUAGCGCAUACAGAGCUAUAGAGAUGUUUGGGUUGUGGAAGUUUUAUGGAUUUCAUAAAGAAAUUCCACACGAUACUUCAUUGCUUCUUACAGGACAUAAAAUCGCAGGACGGUUUUAUUAUGCCCACGAAAGUGGAACAUGCAACCCCAACUGGGGAGCAUUAUUUGUCUAUGUAAUAGAUUUCCAAAUAUUUUGGGGUGCAGCCAUUUCAGCGCAUGUAUUAGGUCACAGUUUGGGCCUCCAGCAUGAUGGACAUGGCUGCAGAUGUUUUCGAAGAAGCUACUGUGUCAUGACUCCUGAGCCUGGUUUAAUGGACAUGUUGAGCAACUGUUCUUAUGCGCAACUGCAUUACCGGAUUUCUGGUUGGGAUGGUUGUCUGAGCAUACCAAAUGAGCCAUACAAAAAUUUUCCUUAUGUAGCUGCUCGUUGUGGUGACAAGGUCAUAAAUGAGGCUGAAGAAUGUGACUGUGGCUCCUUCAAAGAUUGUAAGGAGAAUAAAUGUUGUGAGACCAAUUGUUACCUUUCCAUUGGCAGUGACUGCAGUGAAGGGCCCUGCUGUGUUAACUGCAAAUUUGCUCAACCUGGAAGGAUUUGCAGAGACAUACUUGGUAUUUGUGAUCUACCAGAAUACUGUGAUGGGAAGACCAGUAAGUGUCCAAAUGACGUGUACACCCAGGAUGGAACUCCGUGUUCGGCAUUAGCUGUUUGUGUGAGAGGAAACUGUAGUGACCGUGAUAUGCAGUGUCAAGCCCUUUUUGGCUUCCAAAUUAAAGAUGCUUCACCAGAAUGCUAUAAACAUUUGAAUAUGGUAGGUGACCGAUUUGGAAACUGUGGAGUGAGGGUGGAACGAGCAGGAGGAAAACCUAUUAAUUGUGAAGAAGAUGAUGUUCUUUGUGGAAUGCUGCACUGUAGUAAUGUCCGUGAAAUUCCUGGUGGAGAUGUUCGGCAGCACUCUCUUUGGCGAUUCCUCAUCUGUUUGCCACCAGAGAUGCUGUGCUUCCUACCACCUCAGAAGUCCCUAGAGGUGAUUCCCCUUCGCUGCCUCUCCAACCUUGACAAACUGUAUGGUAAUUGUGGCUCCCUAGCUUCAGCCCGUGAAGAGCAGCCACCUGGCCUCUGUUACUUCCAGGGACCUCAUUACCACUAG